CACGAAAGCAAAGCCAUCAUUGUAGCUAGGUGCCCGACAGUUUUGAGAAUAUGGCAAGGAUUCACCGUGGGCGUUCCUGCCCCAAAAAGCAUGUUGCCCUCGUGUCUUGCUUGGCUCUCUCGUCCCACGGUCGGCUCGCAGUGCGACGCGACGGCCUCCGAUCCCUGGCUGCCUCGAGGUUUAGCCUGUUCUCUUCAACCGAUGCGUCGCUUCAAUCCUGGUCAACGCUUGGCGUGAUUCAUAAAACCGAAUAUUGGGGAACGAUCUCCGUGGGCACGCCCGCCCAAGAGUUUCAAGUCAUUUUCGACACUGGAAGCGGCAAUCUCAUUCUGCCAGGAGCAAAGUGCGAGUCCGUUCCUUGUGUGCAGCACAAACGAUACACUUUGACAUUAUGAUCUUCACGCCAGGAAAUAUUUUGUUCAAUUAGCGGAAGGACAUAUGUGGUUUUUAGUUCCAGAUGUGAUCCAACAACGGUCGACUGUCGUUGAUGGCCUCUGCUAGCUCACUUCUGGCAUAGUUCGAAAUAUCCAUGCUGUCACUCGUCUAAUGCUAGAAAGCACUUCCGGUGCGGCUGUGGGGAAAGACGGCGUUGCGUUGAGCGUUGACCCAGCGCAGACGAGUGAAAGCACCAUCCGCUUUGGCACAGGAGAGAUCCAUGGCGAAUUCGUGAAGGAUCAAAUCUGCCUCGGUAUUAGACUACUUGGCACGCGGAGGCAUGCAUUUGAUCUUCUGCUCAAAGGGUCGCGUCGUAGAGGGGCGGGGGCGGUGGGGCCUGACGCUCCCCACCGUGUAGAGCGUACAGACGGCGCGGCUUACCUGCAGCGCUCGCAGAAGGCGCCGGCGCUGCGCUGUCUUUCGGCCGGCUAGCCGGCGGCACGCGGGGCGGGGCCUGGGUGCAGGGGGACCCGAGGGCCCCUCGUUGGCCUCCUCUACGAAUAAGAGAGGGAGGCGGAGGCCCGCGACAAGGCACGGCGCCGAGCGCAGGGGGGCAGCCCCGGUCCUUGGCGGGUCGUGCAAAUGAGCGCAGAGGCCCGCUGCGUCUUACGCGUCUCCAAGUCGAUCCUUGGACGGAACCCAAAAAGAGGCGGGAGCCCUCGCAAGUUUUUAACUUUUGACCGCUUGAACAAAUGAGGGCACAGCGCAGCAGAAGAACCCGACAAAGGGCGCGCCGGCGGCAGGCACUCGCGACUGCGUUGCGUUCUCUGGAGCAGGCUGCCCAUGGCAGGCUGGGUGAACUGCUCGCCGCAUGGCGCUCGCGCUCGGGUCUCCUUCUCUGGCUGGUGUUGCUGUGGGUGGGCUUGGUUGUCCACCAGUGAGUACGUGGAGACGCUUGGGCAUGCGCGUGAAUAUUUUACGCGACUGGCCAAACAAGUCAUCGAGGGCGGGCGGGCUUGUUUUGUUGCCUUGCCCACUCUUUGCACGCCGGCGCGCGGUGGCAGUUGAGUUCUUUCCCGGGCUGGGUUCUGCUCGCUUCUGUCCUCUCGCAAGUGUACACUAUUACUUAGGAUACGCGACGGACGGAAAUGGGGCCCCCGCGAGUGGGGUAGACACGGCGAUGGCCUUGCCCUACCAAGAGGAGGAAGAGCACGCCCAACAAGGUCAACAGCAACCACCGCCUGGAUAUAGUUUCCAGCCUGGCGCCAUUGGUGGCGGCGCCGGCGUCCAUCCAGGAACCAACGCGGCAGGCCCGGAAGGCUUUAGCCUUCGUCUCGGGUGCCAUCAGCACACUGGCAACCGCGAGCCAGUAACAAGAAGCGGGGGGGGGGGGCGUGGUCUUUUGUUCGUUUUUCUUUCCCUAAUUUUUAUACCUUUGUUUCGUGAUUUCUUUACUUUUCGAAAAAGUAUAAGGGGUCAUUAGCUGGCCCGCUCGUAAAAAAUUCCAUUGAGUGCCAGGUUCUUCCUGCACGACGGCUUCGUUUAUUGCGUCGACUUCCGAGACGGAGGAGCCCUUCUCUCAGUGCAGUUUCGAUGGCAUUAUGGGACUAGGCUUUGCGGAUCUCUCCAUGGGUAGCAGCUUCAAUAUGAUGGACGACUUUGUCGAAGCAAAUACCUUGCCGAGGAAUCAAUUCUCGGUCUAUCUCUCCGACACUCCGGGUCGAUCGGAGAUCACGUUUGGCGGAUACAAAUCGAGCCAGAUGUUAUGAGGAAGAUACUACGAAGAAGAGAAGUAUUUCUGUGCCUUGAUGUCGCUGAGGAUGAGAUAUUACUUCAAAUAUAUUCGCCCCUUUAAUUUACUCGAGGGAGCAGCGAAUAUUAUUACGUCUACUUUAUAACUGUGCAGCCAUUUUUUAUAUGCGAGCUGUUCACCCCUUCUUUUUUGUAGUACAGACGUUCCCAAACCUCAGUUCGCUUUCAUUUUUUGCCAGCCCAGGCGACGAUCCGAUUUUUUGGGUACCAGUGACGCACCAGUCCUACUGGGAAGUUGCAAUCGAUGACAUUGCCUUCGACAACAAACCGCAAAGUCUGUGUGAGAACUGCAAAGUCGCUGUGGACACGGGAACUAGUAUGCUGGCAGGACCUAGUGAUGUCAUCGCACAGCUGACUGAGAAGCUGAAUUUGAAGGCGGACUGCUCGAAUGUCCAGGAUAUGCCUCUAUUGGGAUUUCAGAUCGGCAAUCGCGUCUUGAAUUUGAAGCCAGAAGACUACAUUGACCAGGGUAUUCUUUUGAUAUUUGGUGUCGCUGGUUUUGGUUGGACAGGGAUAAGAUGCAAUUGAUAGAUACUGGCUUUUCAGAUUCUGACUGUUGAUUUUCUCACAAUACUUUUUGCGUUCCUCAUCUUUUUUUGUCCUCUCACACGACACACUCUUGCUCUCUCUGCCAUGUGUAGUCCUCCCCUGAUACUAAUUAGGUGACAGCAGUUGCGAGUUAUCGUUGAUGGAGCUGGAUGUCCCGCCGCCGAAGGGCCCGAUUUUCGUUUUCGGGGAUCCUUUUUUGCGCCGCUUUCUAACUGUCUACGACAAGGACGGUCCACGUGUGGGUUUUGCGGUUGCCAAGCAGGAUCAUGCCUCCUAUUCCUCCACCAAGGGAUUGAUGGGCACAGUCGCAGGUCCGCGGGACGAAGAAGUGCUAUUGCUGGAAGACGUGUCCUCGACCACGCAGAAAACGGAAAGUCACUCAACAGUGCACUCCAAGACGAGUCUCCUGAGCCGCAAAAAGGCAGAGGAAAAGCUCGUAUCCGUAUCGCUGACGCGCACGAAGAGCACAGCGUCUUUGGCGGAGAAGAAGAAAGCAGGUAAGGCACUGCGAUAAAACAUUUUGUUCCUCAUAUUGAAGAUAGAGUGUUUGUGAAUCGAUUUUGGAAAUAUACCAAUCCUUUGAUCUUGCCUAUGAAACGAAUACACAUGAUUACAACAUGCGUACAGAACGACUCUGAUUCUUUUUUCCGUGUUGAACAGUCUAUCUCUCGUUAUUUUUUUCCAUCUACGAACGAUGUACAGAAUUCAAAGGUUGGCAUGAAAUUUCAAUUCUUUCAAACAAAACGCCGUGCUGGGCGGCACGAAAAGCAAUUCUUCUAGCUAGACUGCUCUGGGUGUUCCUUCUAAAGGUUGCCAACAUCUACAUCGCAGUCACAGUCUAGACAAGGUGCAUGAAGGCUUUCAAUUGGAAAAU